GCCGCCCACCCGCCCACGCACCCCACUUUUAAUCGAUUGCUCUCUCUCACUAAGCUCUCUGCCUACUAGUAGUCUUGUAUUAGUGGUUCAGUUUUCUUGACAGGUGCUUAUGCUGCAACAUCUCGCCAUCGUCGUCUUUCAUUCGCUGUGUAAUUCACGGGAGGAAACCAUCAAUUAAGUGCGAAGCCAGAAAGAUGUCGUUCAAGAAGGAUGUGAUCCUUCUCAUCAAGCCCUACUAUUGGGUCAACAUUUUGAUGUCGAUUUCGUACAUCUUGGCCAAACGUGCUCCGAUGAUUUGCAACUAUUUAUGGACUUAUCUGUUCAACCAGGCGGACCAGUGCGAGCUGGAUGGGCGCGAAACGGAGAUUCUGUUCUUCCUGCUGAUUGUCGUGAUGAUCCGGACCCGGAAGACGGGCAGCGUUACGAUGAUCAACUAUCUGACAUCCAGCUUUACGUACACGAAAAUUGCAAAUCUCGGGUUGUGGUUCUACAGUGACAUUCGUCUCGGGUUGAUCUACGGAGUGCUGUUCAUCCUGGUGGCCCUGCUACUGCCGGAACCGACCUAUUCCGGACCGGAGAACGUCGUGUACUUCCGGACGGAAAAUGGCCUCGACGAGGAGCUGGAAAAGGACAAGAACGUCAACUGGUUGGUCACGUUCUACACGGUUUGGAAUCCAGCUUGCGUCAAUUUUGCGCCGAUCUACUCGGAACUGUCCGCCGAGUACAAUCUGCCUAAUCUGAAGUUUGGCAAGGUGGACAUCGGACGGUUCCCGAGCGUCGGCAAGAAGCACCACGUUUCGGACAGUUCGUUCAGCCGGCAGCUGCCCACCGUGAUACUGUUCCGCAACGGGAAGGAGUCGGUCCGCCGGCCUUACGCCGACGCCAAGGGCAAACUGGUCAAGUUCUUCUUCUCGGCGGACAACUUCAAAGCUGCUUUCGAUCUGAACAACCUGUACAAGGAGUGCAAGGAUAACCCGCUGAAGGUCCCAAAGGCGAUCUCGGCCGCCGAAAAGAAGAAGAAGAAUUAAGCCCCGCGAAUCAACCGGGACACGGCGUAGUCAUCGUUAGUGCAGCAUUUACCAGUAUAAGAAACAGCACUUAUCUUAUCAUCCUAUCCCGAUUGGCACACGCUCUAAAGCGAAAUCGAUCAAAAGUUAUUAUCUCAUCUUCACAAGUGCAGUGUCGUUUUUUAAUGUCGCAACAGAGCCGGGUCGUCUUUCUGUUUUAGUUAGCGUGAUAGUGUUAAGAACUUGUGAAACGUGCGCGUCAUUCGUCUUGUCUCUUUGUUUUAAGGUGUUUUUAGUUUGAUUAGGCGCGAUUCGUCCAGUUUUGUGUUGCACGCGUUAUGAGUAUGGUUUAGAAAAGACAGAAGCACGCAAAAGCAGCCUGCGCAGAGAAUACACAUUAGGAAAUCCAAAAAAGUGAAUUACCAAAAGCAACGCGGUAUAGUCAAUAAAUUUAGCAAAGGAUUUGAAUCCG